UGUCUUUUUGUUCAAACCACGAACCAGUAGACGUUGAAGUUCUAAUGUUGCUUGCAUAAACGUUUGACGUUUCCAUUUCCUCUUCCACAACCGCCAAACUAAUUCUCAGACACAAAUUCAAGAAAAAUGCCAAAAUCAAAAGCCUCCAGUUUUGUGGCCGUCUCCGUUUGUUCCUAACAAAUGUUACAUUACUUACAAACAUCUAAGCCUUUAAAAAUUAUCCAGAGCUUAAAAAUCUAGUCUUGGAUGCUUUUGAAGGUUUUGUUGGAGAAAGCAACAAAUGCAUUUUGAGCUUCAAGCAUCUCUUGUAUUCUUGAUUUUAUGAGUUCUAUUACUAUGCUGGACUCAAUCACUUGUUCGCAUAUUACCAAGGGACAUGAUAUUUUCAAACAAAAAUGCCCAGUUAGGGCAUUCUCUAGUGAUAUAUCACAUCUUUAUGUACAUUAUUUUAGAACUUCAUAUUCCCUGCGGCAGCCAAUGCAUAUGUCUAUUUAUGCCUUAAGUCACAGGACAAGUCAUUGCUCUGUUCUUUUGGAAAAUGAACCUGAAGGCCGACCUUUCUUAACUUCCCCAUUGCCUGGUUGGAGAGGAUUCUAUCUCCCAAAACACAGAUUGGGCCGUUUGGAAAGAUCUCGAACAUCUGCAUCUGGGGAUGUUGCUAGCGCUAUUGAUGUCAUUAAUGAUUUAGGAUUGGAUACUUUGACAUUCUUGGCGGUGACUGUUGUGGUUGUUCCCAUGUUCAAAAUCAUUAGAGCAAGUCCUAUACUUGGUUUCUUCUUUGCUGGGGUUGUUCUCAAUCAAUUUGGUUUCAUUAGAAAUCUCACAGAUGUCAAAGUUCUUUCUGAAUGGGGGAUCCUUUUUUUGCUGUUUGAGAUGGGCUUGGAGCUUUCACUUGCGCGUCUAAAAGCUCUUGCCAAAUUUGCCUUUGGCAUGGGAUUGACUCAGGUUGUGUUAUCAACUCUUGCUUUCACAGCAUUUGAACUUCCACCUAAUGGGGCUAUUGGAACGAAAGUUUUGCAAUUUCUUUUCCACUCCAGGCCGGAUUUGGUCAACAUCAGAAGCAUUGAUGAGGCCGUUGUUAUAGGUGCUGCCCUUUCUCUGUCGUCUUCGGCUUUUGUUCUGCAGCUUCUUGCAGAGAAAGGUGAGCUCCCAACAAGAUUUGGCUCUGCAACAUUGGGAAUUCUUCUCCUGCAGGACAUAGCUGUUGUUCCUCUCUUAGUCAUACUUCCUGUGCUAGAGAGCCAGAAUCUGGUCGAGGACAGUAUCUGGCCAAUGCUGGCUCAAGAAAGUUUAAAGGCUUUAGGUGGAUUGGGCUUGCUUUCUCUGGCGGGAAAAUACAUUCUGAGACGAGUUUUUGAGGUUGUUGCCGAAGCAAGGAGCUCGGAGGCCUUUGUUGCUCUCUGUCUGCUAACAGUUACUGGGACUUCGCUUAUCACGCAGAAGUUGGGCUUCAGUGAUACGCUUGGAGCAUUUUUAGCUGGGGCAUUGUUAGCAGAAACAAAUUUCCGAACACAGAUUGAAGCGGAUAUAAGGCCAUUUAGAGGCUUACUUCUUGGGUUAUUUUUUGUGACUACAGGGACUUCCAUUGAUAUGGAGCUCCUUAUCCGAGAGUGGCCAAAUGUACUUUCACUCUUGGCAGGUUUAAUCAUCAUCAAGACAAUGAUUAUAAGUGCCAUAGGUCCCCGUGUUGGACUUACCCUGCAAGAAAGUGUUAGAAUAGGAUUUCUACUAUCUCAAGGAGGCGAGUUUGCAUUUGUUGUUUUUUCUCUAGCAAACAGUCUUGGUGUGCUGCCACUUGAGCUUAACAAACUGCUCAUAAUUGUGGUUGUUUUGUCAAUGGCAUUAACCCCAUUGCUUAAUGAAGUUGGAAGAAGAGCUGCUGAUUUCAUUGAAGAAAAAUUUGACACAGAAGAUGAAGCUGCUGAGAUGGUGAACUUUGAAGCUAGUGAACCUGUUGUAAUUAUUGGAUUUCGACAAAUGGGUCAGGUCUUAGCCAAUUUCUUGACUGCUCCAUUAGUUGCUGGAGUAGAUGGAGAAGUGGUUGGAUGGCCUUAUGUUGCUUUUGAUUUGAACCCUUCUGUGGUGAAGGCAUCUCGGAAACUUGGUUUUCCUAUCCUGUAUGGGGAUGGAUCACGUCCGGCAGUAUUACAAACUGCUGGUAUAUCUUCUCCGAAGGCUUUUAUGAUCAUGUAUACUGGGAGGAAGAGGACGACUGAGGCUGUUCAAAGGCUUCGACUUGCUUUCCCUGCAAUCCCAAUUUAUGCUAGAGCUCAAGAUCUGAAGCAUCUUUUAGAUCUGAAGAAAGCAGGAGCAACAGAUGCUAUUCUAGAAAGCACAGAGACAAGUUUACAGCUUGGCUCUAAGCUUUUGAAAAAUCUUGGAGUGAUGUCUGAUGAUGUAGACCUUUUCGGUCAGCUUAUCCGAGACUCCAUGGAGUCACAAGCUCAAGAAGCUCUAAGAAAAAAUGAUGAUCGAGAAUUCGAUAUUAUGAAACCAUUGCAGGUGAGAGUUGAUGACUCACUUGUGGCCCAAGAACCCAUUCUACCAACAUCAUCUGAAGACAAAUUAUCAAGAAGAAAGCAGAUGGAUGGAAGUCAUGUUUCACAGUCUCAAGAGGAAGCUAACACUGCAAUCCAUAAUAGUGAGCUCAAACGGAUAUGCAGGCAAAAGGGUGUCUUGUAUUGUUGA